AUGGUGAAUAAUGUGAGUGCCAACAUUGAUGAUGUUGUAAAUGAUUAUGUUAGUGUUGAAGAUGGUUCUACCCCUAAGAACAAUGAAGUUCAUGAUGGGUUUGCUCCUAUCAAUGAAGGUGUUAUUAAAUAUGUUGAUAUUAGUAAAAGGUAUGAUAAGAAGUCAAAUAAAAUGAAUAACCUAAUUCUCAAAGAUGGUAAUGAAGAUGUCAACCAUGAUGUGCCAAACAACCUUUAUGACAUGUUGGUGACUGAUUUUCCAACUCAGAGGAAGGAUGAGAAAGUUUCCCUUGUUAACUCUUAUGUGAAUAAAAAUCUUUUUCAAAUAGGUGACUAUGACAUAAAUGAUGAAGAAGAUUUUUUGGACAUGGUAUCCAUCAUAAGGAGAAAGAAAAAAGCAAGGUUCCCUCUAUUGAUAAUAUUAACCAAGAAAAUGGAAGCCAACGAGGAAGAGGAAACUGCAAGUGAGGAUGAAGAAGAACAUUAUAUUGAAUCCCUAAAGUAUAAUGAAAUUAUGGAGCUUCUUAGUGAUGCUCAGUUGUUGAAGAAAAUGCUGAACGUUGAAGCUUGUUAUCCCAAGUUGAUGUUGAAAUUUAUGGUUAAGAAUGAUGAUGUUUCUCAUGGUUGUUGA